UGUGUGUUAUAGUGGGUAGGUGUAAGAGGCAAGAACGGGGGAGAAGCAAUACAGUAUGUUUGAGGACUGUUUUUGUGUGAGAGUGUGACCGAUGAGGUAAAGUCUGGGAUUUUGGACCCUGGAUUAUCAUGUCUUUCUGUUCGGGACCUGUGCUGGUGAUCUAGAAAGAGGGGGAGAUUUAGCUUUGUACGGAUCUUUGGCUAGCUAAUCAUUGAGCUAAUUCAAAAGAAUAUAUCUUCUUGGACAAAUCCAAACAGCUUUCAUGUGAGAAUUUGAUUAGUGUUCUCUCAUCUUUCAGAUCUUUCAUCAUUGAUUAGAUAUGACUGCUGUUUAGUCAGUGCCCUGCAUUCGAAGGCUUUUGAAGUCAAAUAUCCAUGUUAAUUGGGAGGGCUGGCUUAGUUAAAUGCCAAAUAUUAGUAAUGCUUCUAGAAUAAACUUUGAGUACAAGUGAAUUAUCAAAGUGGUCUAUGAAAAGUAUCUCCUACACAGUUUGUAGGCAAAUGAAAACAACAUAAACAUCAGUUUCAAAAUCAAGACAAAAUAAAGUUAAGCAUACACUUGUAUUUCUAAACACAAAGACCACCUUUUUUUAAGACUCAAGACUUCAGCUUUGCGCCUUCUUUUUGUAGCUAACAUUCAGCGAUUGAAACAUUUACUUUAGGUUUGUUGUCUAUUAUUUUGAGAUGCAGGACUUGCGGUGUGUUCAGCCUCCUAAAUAGUCUCUACUUCGUGUCCUAAAGCUCCUAUUGUUUUGAAGUCCCAGAACUAGUUUCUCCUUGAGACCCCUGGACCAAAUUCUGUGACAUCGCUUUGAAGAAAAAUUGCUGAGCCUGCUGGUCUGUGAAGGUGUCAACAACCAGAGCUACAUGUGUGAAUCGGGUCACUGCUGUGGAGAAUCUCAGUGUUGCAGUUACUACUAUGAGCUUUGGUGGUUUUGGUUGGUCUGGACUAUCAUCUUCAUUUUGAGCUGCUGCUGUGUGUGUCACCAUCGCCGUACCAAACACCGACUACAACAACAACAGCGACAGCACGAGAUCAACCUCAUUGCUUAUCGUGAAGCACACAACUAUCCCUCAGUGCCCUUCUACUUCAGGUUUCUUCCAAGCUACCUCCUGCCAGAUUACGAAGAAGUAGUGAACCGGCCACCUACUCCCCCACCACCCUACAGUGCCUUACACACAACACCAUCCUCAGCAGUCUCACAGCCUCACCCUGAGCAGCAGGAUGGACAGUGUCCACCCAUUCAACCAACCCCAGCGCCUCCUGACUUGGACCUCCUGUGCAACAGACCUAGUCUAGAGGAGCCACAACCAGCUGCUUUAAAUUUAAUGCCAAAGGCUGACAGCAAGCCUGCACAGACAACACAGGACUCAGGCAUGAUACUAUUGUCAGAGGGGAUUAGUGGGGAGAGACUCAACCUUGAGGAAAAGAGAAGCGACUGCAAGGAUCCUCUGUUGAAGGACCUGUUAGAUGACAAAGAUCGACUCCCUAAUGGUAGAAGACGACGAUUUACAGGGGAUUCUGGGAUUGAAGUGUGUGUGUGUGGCUCACAUGGGAGCAAUGGUUGUAGUGGAGCAGGUGGCCUGGAAGGUAAGGAGUUGCGGGAGCUGGAGAGCCUGCUGGGCCGUGAUGGAAAUGAUGAUGAGGAGGCUGGAGACUUCUGUGACAGUUGUGUUCACCGGUCUUCCUUCAGCGUGGAAGAGGAGCAGUCGCUCGGCAGGUCGGAGAGGGGAGCGGCACCAGGUUCCUCCCAGCCUGCGCACCUCACAAGCAGUGCCUCACUGCACCCUCCAGUGUCCCUCCUCCUCCAAACCAUCAAUGAGCAGGAGAGUCCCCACCACAGCACCAGUACUGAGCCACAGGGUUAAAACGCACACCAUUGAACAUGGAAGCUUUUUUGUUUGUUUGUGGCACAAAGGUUUUUAAGCCUCAAGAUGUGGAAAGUGAGUAUAGGUGCAUAUCAGUCUUGGGAUCCAGAAGUAGAAUUUUCAAGCAGGGAUUGAUGACAAAGAGCUGUUCGACACACUGGAACAUGGAGUGGCCUUAACUGACUUCUGCUUAGACAGAAUACAGCUGGUGCAUACGACGUAACUCACACAUUUGGUCGCCUUGCAUCUUCCUCCACAUGUGAUACACAGCCAAGACUCGAACACUGUAACAGCAGGAACAGAAAUGGGAAGAUGGCUGAUCUUACUCACCAGGUGUGUCCAACCUGUUGCCUGUGUCUGGAGGCAACAAUUUAGUAUAAGACACAAGCAACAAGCCCUUUUCACAUAUUCUGUGUUUGAGCAAGCAAGCAAAUACUGUAGAAACAUCUGACCUGGACCUGAAUAUGCUUUUUUCUAUUUUUUUCCUCCAGCAUAUUUGAAAGAAUAUUCUUGUUCGAUCUGAACCACUAGCUAUAAGUGCAUUAACAAGUCUUCAUGUGAGCAGUUCCUACUUUGCACAAAUUGUAUUUAUCUUUUAUAAAUGAAGCUUUUAACUAAGAGUA